AUGUCUCCGCCGACUACGGAACAAUGGCUUGAUAUAGCUGAACAUUUUUAUACAAGUACGAACUUUCCUAAUUGUCUUGGGAGUAUCGACGGGAAACACAUAAGGUGUAAAAAUCCACAAAACUCAGGUUCAUAUUUUUUCAAUUAUAAGAAAUAUUAUUCUAUUAUUCUUAUGGCUGUAGUAGAUUCAAAUUUAAGUUUUGUUUGUAUUGAUGUCGGGGCAUUUGGACGAGAAUCUGAUUCUAAUGUGUUUAAGCAAUGUCCAUUUGGAAAAAAAUUGUAUGCCAAUCAGCUUAAUAUUCCUGAACCUAAGUGCUUACCAAAUACCGAUGACUCUCCUCAACCUUACGUUUUUGUUGCUGAUGAAGCUUUUGCACUGCACAAAAAUUUACUCAGACCAUAUCCAGGCCGUGGGCUUACAAAUACUCGUCGUAUAUUCAACUAUAGGCUUUCAAGAGCAAGAAGGACGGUUGAAUGUGCAUUUGGCGUACUUUCAAAUAAGUGGAGAGUGUUACAUACGCCACUAUUGGUUGAACCAGAUUUUGCGGACGACAUCAUAAAAGCAUGCUGUAUACUACACAACUUUGUCCGCAAAAGAGAUGGUUAUAAUUUCGAGGACAUGGAUACUAGCUAUUUGGUAGAUGGUUUAUCUAAUAGAGGACCGGGAGUACGAUCUCAAGGAAUUGAGGUCAGAGAUUCUUAUGCAGAGUAUUUCAUGGGACCAGGAUCCGUACCAUUCCAGUAUAACAAAAUAUAA